AUGGCCGAGUCCAUCCCCAUUCCCGAGCCUCCGGGUCUGCCAUUCAUCGGCAAUCUUGGUGAGAUGCGCACAAGUCCCAUCAACGACUUGAAGCGUCUUGCAGACACAUAUGGCGAAAUCUACCGCCUGCGCCUAGGCGGCAGCUCCUUUUGCGUUGUCAACUCGCGGGAGCUUGUAAACGAUGCCUGCGACGAGCGUCGUUUCAAGAAAACCGUCGCCGGUACUUUGGGCAAAGUUCGCGCCGGUGUCCACGACGGCCUCUUUACCGCCGACUCCGAGACUGAGCCAAACUGGGGCAAAGCCCAUCGCAUUCUCAUUCCCGCCUUCGGUCCCCUCUCCAUCCGCAACAUGUUUGAUGAGAUGCACGACAUUGCCUCCCAGAUGGCCAUGAAGUUUGCCCGCCAUACCGGUGACCGCAUCAACGCCUCGGACGACUUCACCCGGCUCGCCCUCGACACAAUCGCCCUCUGCGCCAUGGACUAUCGCUUCAACUCGUACUACCACGAGGAGCUUCACCCCUUCAUCCGCGCCAUGGGCGAUUUCCUCAAAGAAAGUGGCGCCCGUAACCGCCGCCCUGCUUUUGCUCCCCAAUUCUUCUACCGCGCCGUCGACGAAAAAUACGAACAAGAUAUCAAGACCAUGCGCGACGUCGCCGACGAGGUUGUUGCCAACCGCAAGAAGAACCCCAGCAACCGGAAGGACCUGCUCACAGCCAUGCUUGAUGGAAAGGAUCCCCAAGAUGGCCAGAGACUUACUGAUGCGAGCAUCACUGACCAGCUCAUUACGUUUCUCAUUGCCGGCCAUGAAACCACCUCGGGAAUGCUUUCAUUCACCUUCUAUCAGCUACUAAAGCAUCCUUCCGAGUACCGAAAGGUGCGAGAAGAAGUUGACGCAGUCGUGGGCAGAGAGCGCAUCACUGUUGAGCACAUCUCCAAGCUCACCUACACCCAGGCGGUCCUUCGCGAAGUCUUGCGUCUCAAUGCCCCUAUCCCAGCCUUCAGUGUUGAAGCAAAGGAGGACACUCUACUUGGUGGCAAAUAUUUCAUCCCCAAGGAACACCGCCUUACUCUGCUCCUCGCCAAGUCCCAUCUCGAUCCUGCAGUCUAUGGCGACGACGCCAGCGACUUUAAGCCUGAACGCAUGCUUGACGACAGUUUUGCCCGUCUCAACAAGGAAUUUCCCAACGCCUGGAAGCCAUUCGGUAACGGAAAGCGCGCCUGCAUCGGCAGACCCUUUGCUUGGCAAGAGGCUGUCCUUGCCAUGGCUAUUCUGUUCCAAAACUUCAACUUCACCUUGGAUGAUCCCAACUACACUUUGGAAAUGCAAGAAACUCUCACAGUCAAGCCCCAUAACUUCUACAUGCGUGCGAGCCUUCGCCAUGGAAUGACUGCUACCGAGCUUGAGGACCAGCUGAAGGGUAAUUCCCCUCACUCGAAGCCAACCAAGACGGCAGAAUCCUCAAACGGUGCUGCCACCGCUACCAAUGGCAAACCGAUGUCGGUAUUUUAUGGCUCAAACAGCGGCACUUGUGAAGCCUUAGCCCAGAGAGUCGCUGCUGAUGCUGGGUCCCAUGGCUUCGCGGUAACCGAGAUUGGCCCUCUGGACAAUGUCAAAGACAAGCUCCCAACGGAUCGCCCUGUGGUUAUUGUGACUGCUUCAUACGAAGGCGAACCACCAUCUAAUGCUGCCCACUUUGUUGACUGGCUCAGAAGCCUAAAAGGCAAUGAAUUACAGAAUGUAUCAUACGCCGUUUUCGGCUGUGGUCAUCAUGAUUGGGCCCAGACAUUCCACAAGAUUCCCAAGCUCGUUGACGCCACCAUGGCCGAGCGCGGUGCUGACCGCAUCCUCCCCAUGACGGGUACCGAUGCCGCUGAUCGCGACAUGUUCAGCGAUUUCGAGACCUGGGAGGAUGAAAGCCUGUGGCCGGCCCUGAAGAAGAAGUACGGAGCGAAAGACACCGAAGAUGGUAAAGGCACUUCUGGCCUCAAGGUCGAGAUUACUCACCCUCGCAAGACGACUCUUCGCCAGGAUGUCGAAGAGGCUGCCGUUAUCGAGACCAAGGUACUCACAAAGGGGGAACAGGCUGUCAAGAAACACAUUGAAAUCCGGCUCCCCACUGGAAUGAGCUACAAAGCUGGUGAUUACUUGGCUGUUCUGCCAUUCAACCCGGCAGCCACUGUUGGUCGUGUGUUCCGUCGCUUCUCCCUGAGCUGGGAUGCGACUUUCACCAUUACCGCGAACGGGCCAACCACGCUGCCUACUGGCGUUCCGAUCUCCGCCACCAAUGUCCUUGGGGCAUACGUCGAGCUUAGCCAGCCUGCCACGAAGAGAAGCAUCCAGGCCAUGAUUGAUGCAACCGAGGAUGAAAAGACGGUGGCUGAGCUCAAGAGCCUAAUUGGAGACAAGUUCUCGGAGGAAGUCACCGCUAAGCGACGCUCUGCUCUUGACCUCCUGGAGAAGUUCCCUGCUGUCGGUCUGCUCUUCGAAACGUUCCUUGCCAUGCUGCCUCCAAUGCGCGUUCGCCAAUACUCCAUCUCGUCGUCUCCUCUUGUUGACCCUACAAGGGUCACACUGACAUACUCUCUCCUCGACGUACCAGCCCACUCCGGCCAAGGCCAGCACGUCGGUGUUGCUAGCCACUACCUGGCUUCUCUCCGAGAAGGCGACAAGAUCCACGUCGCCAUCAGGCCGUCCGCCGCGUUCCAUCUACCCGCCGAUGCCGAAAAGACGCCCAUUAUCUGCAUGGCAGCCGGCACCGGCCUGGCCCCCUUCCGCGGCUUUGCCGAGGAGCGCGCCGCCAUGAUCACCGCCGGCCGCAAGCUCGCCCCCGCCGUGCUCUUCUUUGGCUGCCGCUCCCCGGACAGUGACGACCUGUACGCCGAGCAAUUCACCGAGUGGCAAAAUAUGGGCGCCAUUGACGUGCGCCGCGCGUACUCGCGCGCCACGGACAAGUCGGACGGCUGCAAGUACGUGCAGGACCGCAUCUCCAAGGACCGCGAGGAGAUCUUUGACUUGUGGGACCAGGGUGCCCGUCUGUAUCUCUGCGGCAGCCGGGCCGUGGGAAAGGGGAUCGAGGAUAUUUGCGUGGACAUGGUCAAGGAGAGCGGACAACGGAACAAGUCGCGGAACGUCACUGACGAGGCUGCUCGUGCUUGGCUCGAUAAGAUGCGCAAUGAGCGCUUCAUGGCCGAUGUCUUUGAUUGA